UUCAAAUAAUCCCUUGUGAUCAUAUUCCCCUUCUGAUCGAGCAAUAGAAAUCAAAAUUUUCAAAUAGGGAAGCAAAGCACAAGGGAAUCUAUACAUGGUCGGGCUAGGCUUGACUUGAGGGAUCUGCCAUGGUCCAAACCUGGGCCCUGAUAGCAUGAUGAUCAACGCCAGAAGUCCUCGGUUCCUCACGCCCGCCCGAAGACGGCUCUUCUGUCUCUGUGUGUCAUAUUGGCUACUCUGUAGUGAGUAUUCUUCUCCAUUUCAAGACACUUGAUCCUCUUACGAGUGAGAGUUGAGGAUCAAGCCAUCUUCAGUUCCUUUCUUUGCAGCAACAACAGUAAUAAACCCUCUUCGUUUCCUUUCUCCUUUUCUCGAUAAGUUUAAUUUUAUUGGGCGAAAUCUUAACAAUGAUAUGUUUUAUCCAAUUCAACCCGCUACAAUGAGAAGACUAUUUAGUUUUCCAUCUGCCACUAAUUUCCCCCGUGUAUAUCUCUCCUUUUAUCGACCCUUAAGGUCGUCUAUUGAACCCAUAUGGUAUCCUUCAAACAUGGUGGUCUGUCAGUGUUCAUUCUAUCGAAUCAUAUCACUGCUGGCGACACCAUAUGCGUAUUUAGCCGAAUCUUCAUUGAAUUUUAAAUCUUUUGUAGCGUUUAGGGUCCCCGUGCGUUCAUUUGUUUCGGAAACUGUGUCUUUAGAUCGAAACCUUGAUGGUAAUAUUAGGGGCAAGAGUUUAGACAGUCAUGUGGCCAAAGUUUAUGAAACGAUUAUAGCUAAUUGUAAUGCAUAUGAUAAUAUGGAUGCGGCACUUGAUGAAAUUGGGGUUGAAAUAACCACUCCUAUGGUCCUUGGAGUCCUGCAAAGGUUUUACUUGGAGGAGAAAAUAGCAUUUAGGUUUUUCACCUGGGCGGGGCACCAGGAAAAUUACUCCCACGAGCCUUGUGUUUAUAACAAUAUGAUUGACAUAUUGUCUAGCACAAAAUACAAGGUGAAGCAGUUUAGAAUAGUAUGUGACAUGCUUGAUUACAUGAAGAGAAAUAAUAAGAGCGUUGUUCCUGCUGAUGUUUUGUUAUCCAUUUUGAGAAAAUACUGUGACAAAUAUUUGACCCAUGUUCAGAAAUUUGCAAAGAAGAAAAGAAUAAGGGUGAAGACGCAGCCAGAGAUUAAUGCAUUUAAUUUUCUGUUGGAUGCUUUGUGCAAAUGUAGUCUGGUUGAGGAUGCCGAAGCAAUGUUUAAUAGGAUGAAAAAUAAGGUUAAGUCCAAUGCUGAUACAUAUAAUAUAUUGUAUUUUGGGUGGUGUAGAGUUAGGAAUCCUAGAAGAGGAAUGAUGUUACUUGAAGAAAUGAUUCAAAUGGGCCAUUCCCCUGAUAAUUUUACAUAUAAUACUGCCAUCGAUACUUUCUGCAAAUCCGGGAUGGUGACUGAGGCAACUCAACUUUUUGACUUCAUGAGAAACAAAGGCUCAAUGAUGUCCUCUCCUACUGCAAAGACUUUUUCAAUCAUGAUUGUGGCUUUAGCCAAGAGUGAUAGAAUGGAGGAAUGCUGUAAAGUAAUGGGGGAAAUGGUACAGAGUGGUUGUCUUCCUGAUGUUUCAACAUACAAGGAAUUGAUUGAGGGAAUGUGCUUAGCUGGAAAGGUUGAGGAAGCAUACAAGUUCUUAGAAGAGAUGAGCAACAAAGGUUAUCCGGCUGAUAUAGUUACUUAUAAUUGUUUUCUCAAGGUUCUCUGUGACAAUAAGAAGACUGAUGAGGCACUUAAGCUCUAUGGAAGAAUAAUUGAGGUUGGCUGUAUACCUAGUGUUCAAACCUAUAAUACGCUAAUCUCAAUGUUUUUCAAGAUGGGUGAUCCCAAUAGGGCUUUUGAAAGCUGGCAUGAAAUGGACAAGAGAGGCUGCACACCAGACACCAAUACCUACUGUGUGAUGAUUAAUGGGCUCUUUAGCUGCCACAGGGUGGAAGAUGCAUGCUUUCUUUUGGAAGAUGUUGUGAAGAAGGGAUUGAAAUUGCCCUACCAAAUGUUUGAUUCCUUUUUGAUGCAGCUUUCUGUUAUCGGUGAUCUCCAAGCCAUUCAUAGGCUCUCUGAUCAUAUGAGGAAGUUUUAUAAUCCCACCAUAGCAAGACGUUUUUCGUUGAAUGAGAAGCGAAAGAGUAUGAGCUUAAGACGGAAAUAAGAAGAUUUGAAAGUAAUCUGGUGCCCUUGUUUUUGACUUAGAAGUUAUGAAAUGAAUGACAUGAGAACCCUAGAAGAUGGGUUGGCUGCAAUAUGACAUUGGCUCUAAUGCCCCCAUGGAGCUAUACUCUUCAAUUAAAGCUUCAUGUCAAAUGUAUGUUCGUUGAUACCUCUGAUUAAAUGUGACAUGAACUCCCAGACCUGGGUAUGCACUGUGUUGAAUUUGGAACUUGGUAGAAAAGUUACUUUUUCCUGACCACAGUAUAGCAUAUGAGAGUCUUGAGACUUUGGUGAGGAAGGUAACUACUUGGAUAUGGACAGCUGGUUCAUGUUUAUAGGACCCUCAACUAUUUUAGAGCUGCUAUCCACAGUCCCAGAGUAGUACUUCUUUUUCUAUUAGAAGAAAAUCUCAGAGUAAAGCAACUACUUGUAAUUUGUGUUACUUCAAACAUCAUGAUUACUGAAUGAUACUCCCCAUCUUUUAUUCUUAAUUGGGACUUGUAAUUUGUGUUACUUGAAAUGUCAUGAUUACUGAAUGGUACUUCCCA